GACGAUUUCAGCCUCAUCCAGCGGGGAUUUGCAUGAGGAAUCAGAGACAUCGACAAGUCACACUGACAUUCACCUGAAGCGCAUGGUGUAUUUUGUUCCAUGGGCAGCUCAUCGCAUGGUGGCCAUGAGCGCAAUGCGUGGGAUUGGCCUCGAGUGUUGGAGAUUCAAGCACGCCGCGCCACUGGUGCUGCCGAGAUCACUUCUCCUCCGCAUUCUGCUCAGUGAAGUGCUUCUUGCACCUACAGUGCGUGUGGAACCAGUUAGGCGGUUCGCUUAUGCCUGGGCCGAUGCCCAUCAGAUCUCCAAAGUCAAGGUCCAAGUGAAUAACGCCAAGGUCUGGCGACUUCAACUCACUUCAGAAAUGAUGCUGCUGGCGGAAACCAAGGGGGAGCACAGUCAAGGAGAUGGACGCAACCCCUCGCGACAGCUUGCCAAGGACCAGGCCCAUGAGACGCCGAUGAGAGCAAUGGCGGGGCUUUUUGCAGCCGGCGUAGCUCCAGAGCAGAUGCCUUCAUAUGGGUCUUUGCAGGGCGCGCGGAGGCGCCGAUUGCGGCAGACUGCAGGCAGCGGAGCGCAGGGCCCUUGUGCUACAUUGGCCACAUGGCGGACUUGGUUGGCGCAGCACCAACAUUGCCCAGAAGACAGCUUUCAACUUCGAUGCCGAGAAGUAGAUGCUACGAAUCAUCCAGGACUCACGAUCAUGAUCUCUGACAACAUGAAGCAGGAGGUCUGCAGUCUCUAUAAGGCAAACAAGUUGGAGAUGUACGCUGUAGCCGAUGCAACCUAUAAGGUCAAUCAAGCCCAGUGGCCGCUGUUCGCUUUGGCUGUGGUCGCGAAGCACCAGCACAACGGCUUGUGGAGAACCACCGUUCUACCAAUGGCCCUGGCUUGGGUCCCUAACGACCACAAUGAGGCUGUGAUCCAUGCCGUUGUGAAAGCGAUCAUCGCGGAAUACCAGAAGGCGGGCGUUCCUUUGGAAGAGGCCUUGCAUCAUUUCCAUUGGGACAACCUGGCAGCUGGGAGGAGCGCGGUGAAGAAGCUGCUGCCGUUCACAAGGUUUCGACGAUGCAUGCGACACCAAGUUGACGCGGUGAAGCGCGUGAAGGGCGCAAACAAGGACAUGAAGACGUUGGUGGCUCGUAUCAUUUCCUUCUCUGCAAGCAGCUUUACGCCUUUGAUCUUCCACGAGAUCUGGCAAUCAUUGCUGUGCCGCUUGAUCGAAAUGGGGGACAAGACCUUACACGAGUACUGUCUGAAAGAAGUCUUGAUGCAGGACAGUGCUGGGUUAUGGACAGCAGAAUGGUAUUGCCAGCCAUCCUCUGACAGGAGACUCAAGAGAUGCUUGCCGCCCAAUGUGCACACGAUGGACCUCGGAGUUGCCGCGGAGAAAUUGCAAGGCAAUGUGCAGAGUUCCGAUGUACACCAUUGGGGUCAGGCAGAGAAGCUGUACACAGUGGGCUGCGUGGAUGCUGCUCUAAUGAUUGACGAGAACAUGCAUCAACUUAUGCCGGCUCUUCUCACAGCUCCGGAUCAGAUCGCCCUGCAAGCCACCUUGCGGCGACUGCAUUGUUGGCACAACCCAUAUGAAGGAUCGCCAGCUGGUCGACUUUCUCUUUCCAAGUUCAUUGAGUUCUUGACCUCCAUCGCCGGUGUCAUGGUUUUGCCACCAGCUGCCAAGGGAAAUGAGAAGGAUUUCACUGGCAGAUCAGCCUGGACUACUUUGGAUGAGCUUGUGAAGCGAGCCGACGACAAGAAGAAGCGCGCUUCUGAGAAGAAGCGACAGGCAUCUGAGAGCCUUGCAACACCAAAGAAAGCCCGCAGUGAUCCCACCCCUUCAGAUCGGGACGCUAGGCUGCAGGAAAUUGCGCUUCAGCUCGCCAAUGACAAGAACUUCCAGGUCCUCUUCUCAGCAGUGUCAUCGCUAGAGAAGUUGCAGGUGACCGUGGCAGAGGCUCACAAACAGGGCCUUGGCAAAUCCCUGAAGAAACUCGUGGAUGAUGAUCAGAUGUCAGUGGCGGAAAGACAGAUGCAGGCAGGCAUGGAUGGCUGUCAUCAAGACAAGAAGCCAGUAUCAGUAGAACCCAGAGCAGAGGCAGCAAUGGUGUAUUGGAUGCACUCAGAUAUCCCGGUGCUCUCCCCAGGUCAAGUGCCGCGGCUUCUGGCAGCCAAAGGUGAUUGGCUGACACAGACGCUGCUGGCAGAAAGAAGUAAGAAGCAGGUUGCUGAAGGUACCCUGGUUCAUCAGCUCUGUGCCUCGGACGUGUUUCUGCGACUCGACGUGACAUCUGCUGUGAUCUGUUGGCUUUGUGGCUGCGAUGAUGUAUGGUCCGACGCAGGGGACAACGUGGAGGUGCACCGUCGUCCAGGCACACAGAAAGCACUUCAGAUCCUGAGAGCAUGGCACCGUGGAUUGAAACUCAGCGAGACAGACCUCCUCCAAAAGGCAGACCCGGCAGAGGCAGCGAGCUGGGUGGUGGAGAGAAACGCCAUGCUGAGCCUGGCAUGGAAGAGCGCCACCCAAAGAAGCGGGCCCUCCAUUCACAAUUUGGAGGCAGAUGACGAGAUGACAUCAGGCUCCUCGUCAAUGAGCGAAUCCGACUCGGCCAAGGUGAACACCCUUACCAAGAGGGGUGCCUGCAUCGUGCGCUGGGUGAAGGCGCAUCAGGAUCCUCAGCACUUGGUGGGGGAGGCCCGUAUUCUGGCCAUUUUCAAUGCAAGGGUUGAUGCGGAGGCAAAGAAGGUGGUUGUUGAAAGGGCGCAGCAUAGGCUGUAUCGGGCGCUCUUCAAGGAAUACAACACUGCGAAAGAAGACGCGGCGAGACUGGCGGACUUGCAUGUGGCAAUUGCGCAGGCUUUCGUCGAGGUCGAAAGACCCAAGGUCGGUGAAUGGGCGCCUGACGGUUUCGUGGUGGUAGGACUCGGCGCUCAACUCCUUUGUGCUUCCGCGUAUGUCGCAGUUGUAUCGUACGUGGGUCCGCGCGCUUUGUGCCGUCGACGGCUCCCGGCGGGUGAUGUGGACGAUGUUUCGGGUCUGCCCUUUGCGCGGCUUGGUGCCGGAGGGUUGUCUGUGGGUGGUCGGAUCCCCCUUCACACCGCUGUGGUCGCGGAUUUGUCCUCGCUCUUUAUAGGAGGAAGCCUUCUCACGCUGGAGAGAUGCACUUUCGCGUUUCGCGAUAAAAACGGGUGGCAGCAGAUAGCUGAAGAUGCUGGAGCGAUGGCCAUAGAGGUUGAGGCUGGUCGGGACGGUCGGGAUGGUUUGGCUGUGCUACGUCGUGCGUGGGACAGGCUGGUCGGGACGGUCGGGAUG